AUGGAGGUCACGAUGCCCCUGUGCGGGCACAAGCAGACAGUCAAGUUUGGCGAGGCGACCGCCACAACAAGCAAUUCCAACCCAAGCUCUGCUCCACUGGCUGCGAGGUUCAUGUCCGCCCUUCUCCCUUUCCCCUCUCAAACCUCCCAAUGUGGCAGAGUAAUGGCGGAGGUCACUAUGCCCCUGUGCGGGCACAAGCAGACAGUCAAGUGUGGCGAGGCCGCCACCAGAGUAACCAAACCUGAGCUCUGCACGGCUCGCUGCGGCGUUGUGCUCUCAGACUCCUGCGGGAACACCUGCAUCUCUCCCUGCGGCCAGUGCAUUGUUGCUCCAGCUGUCACCACCGACCAGGGGCAGGGCUCACAACAGCAGCAGCCGCAGCAGCGGCAGCAGCAGCAGCUAGAGAGAAACCACAAGAAGUGCACGCAGCCAUGCAAGCGCCCGCACCCCUGCGCCCACCUCUGCCCGGACCCCUGCCACAGCGGCACGCCCUGCAAGCCCUGCACCAGAAAGUGCCUCGUGGCAUGCCAGCACAGCUCCUGCCCCCAACCCUGCCACCGAACCUGCGCGCCCUGCGCCGAGCCUUGCGGGUGGCACUGCAAGCACCAGGGCCGGUGCUCGCUCCCCUGCGGCGCCCCCUGCGACCGCCUCCCGUGCGAGCAGCGGUGCGAGAAAAGGCUCGAAUGCGGCCACCAGUGCCCGUCACUCUGCUCAGAAAAGUGCCCUCCGAAGGCCUACUGCGCAGUUGCUGGAUGCGGGGCAAAGGAGAAGAGAGAGAUGAGAGUGGAUCUGGUCACUCUGGAGACGCUAGGGGAGAUUGAUCCGGACGAGAGUCCCGUGCUGGUGCUGCCGUGUGGUCAUGCUUACACUGUGGAGACUCUGGAUGGUCACCUGGGGCUCAACCAGGUUUACCAAGAGGCAGAAGCCGGGUCUGCUGGUGGUGGCAGCAGUGCUGCUGGAGGGGCUGCUGGAGGUGGGCUGGAAGCAGCUGCAACUGCACCCAAGUGGGUGGCAGUGCGGCCGUUUGACGAUGGCGGUCUGUCGGCCCUCAAGGGCUGCCCGGAGUGCCGCCAGCCAAUCACAGGGCUGCGCCGGUAUGGCAGGAUGGUGAACAAGGCGCUGCUGGACGAAUCAGAGCGCAAGUUCGCCCUCAGCUGCCUGGCCGACCAGCAGCAGCUCCAGCAGAAGCUGUCCAAACUAAGCCAGGCCAUAUCUGCCUGCCCUGAGGCUGCCCAAUCCUGGCAUGUGCAACAGUUAGCUCGGGCUGCGACGUUUCUAAUAAUGCAGGCAAGCAACGUGCGAGACACUGCUAUGGAACCGCCUACCCAGCAGACGUACCAGGCUUCUGUGGCUGCGCUGCAGAGAAAGCACCUCCAGUUGGGGGGCUCGUCGUCCAGAGCUGAUGCUGAUUCGCCUGCGUGGGAGGAGGAGUGCCAUUUGCUGUAUGUGCCUCCGCCGGACCCCCGGCCCCUCUGCGAAGCUCUCAUGCUGCUGGGGAAAGCCUUUCAGCUGCUCAUGGCUUCCAAUUUCCUCGCGCUGCGCUGCCUGCUGAAAGAACUCCAGAAUCUGGUUCCUCAAAAUGCGCGUCCGAAUGCUCGUCCGAAGGCUGGUCAAAGUGCUGGUCAGACUGAUAAGAACAGCACUGAUAGAGCAGCGUUCUUGGCCGGGUGGGUGGAGAAUUGCAGGGCUGUUGUGCUGAUGGGGCUGCGGAACGCAGAGAAGCAUGUGGGGGAGGCGGUGGAGUGGGCUGGGAAGCGCAGGGCGCACCGGCUGGAGGCGAAGGGGAGGCUGGAGCUGGCUGAUUUGUUCCGUGCGUUCGUGGAGGGAAUGAUGGCGGAACGCCUGCUCGCAACCUCCCCUGCUGGCCUGGAUGAGUCAAGGAAGCAGCAGCUGGAGUAUCUCGAGAGGGCCAAGAUGCAGUGCCUCAUGGUGGCCUCGCACCACCUAGCCUCGGACGCGUUAAUGGACGCUCUGCUAUCUCUAGGAGCCACUACAUGCUCCAUAGAGGAUGCCAAUACGGGCACAGAAGCCGAGCAGGAGGUAUGGGGGGUAGGGGGGUGGGAAAGAGGUAGGGGGUCCACCUUCGCACUCCUCACUCUCCCUCUUACCACCUUCGCACUCCUCACUCUCCCUCUUACCACCUUCGCACUCCUCACUCUCCCUCUUACCACCUUUGCACUCCUCACUCUCCCUCUUACCACCUUCGCACUCCUCACUCUCCCUCUUACCACCUUCGCACUCCUCACUCUCCCUCUUACCACCUUCGCACUCCUCACUCUCCCUCUUACCAACUUUGCACUCCUCCUCACUCAUCGCUCAUCUCUACCACCUUUGCACUACUCGCAUGCACAUGCAUACAUGCAUGCUCUCACACUCCCAUAA